UAAAAGGCCCAGAACUCCGAUAAAAACAUAAACAUUAAAAUAGGCCCAAAUCCCCAAUCCCAUCGUCGUCAUCUUCUUCCCUUGAGUCCGUGACCCCGUCUUCUUCGCCAACCCCGGCCGCCGCUGCAACUGUCGGCGAACGAAAAGGACCAGGAAGUUUAGUCAACGGAUCUGAAAUUCGGUCCAGGGAUCCAGUGCGGAUUACGUAUCGAGUCCGAUAUAUGCCAUAAAUUGGCGAGUCCAGGUAGCUUAGGUUAAUAUUGAUGAUUUACUGAUACAUUGAUGGGGUUUUUAAGAUGGUGUCGUGUUGUAAGAACAAUGGAAGGAAGAUUGAUGCUAGAAUAGCUACUAUCUUUUCUUCUGUUGCUUUUGGUGAUGACUUUUAAAAUUUUCUAGUCCUGUAUUGUUUUGUUUAGAAGAAAAUCUAAGGGUUGGCAUUGGUGCUGAUUUCUCAAGUUUUUGCUUCACUCAGUUGUUGCAGUGGUUAUAAUUUUUUGUUAGCUUUCUUCUUGUAAAUUAUGGAGUCUCAUCUGUUACACUUCUUCUGACUUUGCCAUGUUGCAUUUCUUACGCGGAUUUGUUUGACGGCUUGAUAUUAGGAGCUUCUAGAAAUGACACCAAGAACUGGUGGAGUGUCGAGACCUGACAGGCCGAGAAAUUACCAGGGUGAGGGCCCGAAUUGGAUGCUUAUUGCUGGCGGUGCUCUGUUGAGUACAUUAUCUGUUCGUUUAGGUUUUAAGUUGAAGCAAGUACUCGAUGCAAAACCAACAGAAAAUGUCAGCAUCACUUCAAAAGGGGCUGAAAAGUUUUCUGAGAGAAAGAAAUCAGGGAGCUGUGCUGUGCAUUCGAAUGGAUACUAUUUUCACCAAGAUGGAAAUUCUUGCUGCAGUUGUCUUGCAGGAUCUGGAAAUGUGGUUGACGUUAAGCAACACUGUGAUGGCCAAAUGAUGUCCAAAUCUGAAAUGCCACUCCCGAUUGUCACUGUUCCUGCUUCUGAGUUCAGCAAAGAGAAUGGUGUGAUUUGGGCAUCAUCUCCAGAUCGUCUUGAGCUUCCACAGAAACCAUUCCACCAUUCGAAUAGCUCUGACUCACCAUGUGUCUCGGAAGCUGGUUCUGACAUCUUUAGUAAUAGAGAAGUUCUUCAAAAGAUGAGGCAGCAGCUGAAGAGAAGAGAUGAGAUGAUAAUUGAGAUGCAAGAUCAAAUUGCUGAAUUACAGACUUCCCUCAGCACUCAGUUAACACAUUCUAGCCAUCUGCAGGCCCUGCUAGAUGCUGCAAACAGAGAUUUGUUUGAUUCAGAAAGAGAAAUACAGAGGCUGAGAAAGGUUAUAGCAGACCAUUGUGUUGGAAAAGAUAAUUCCACAGACAAGGCUUCUUCAGCACCUGUGUGGCCUGGUGAAGUGAGAAAUGGCCAUUUGCAUGAUUACCCAGAAGUCGAUGGGCAUUUGGAUGACUCAGAGAAAGAAAGAACCAGUGACCGAGUCGAAAUGCUGAGGAGGGAAAUAAAUGACUUGAGGGAAGUUAUUGAAGGUAAGGACUAUCUCUUGCAGAGUUACAAGGAACAAAAGGCUGAGCUCUCCGUGAAGAUCAAGGAAUUACAGCAACGAUUAGAUUCUCAGCUCCCAAAUAUUUUGUAGGUGGGCUGCUCUCUGUGAAUUCGUCUUGGCUUCUAUCUUGUGUUUUUAGGCUUACAUCAACAGGAAUUCCCAAGUUUUGGUAAACCCCCUUUUUUUGUUUUCGGGUUUUUUUCUUUAGGCAUUACUUAUGGUUCUUUCUGUGUAUAUGGUGUGGAGUUGAGAGGAGAAAUAUCAAUGAAAUCCCAAGCUUAGAGUAGAGAAAUAUUUAGAGAAGAUGUUAUGUUUGGAAGUAUGCCUUGCACCUGGCCAUGUUCAAACACUUCUAUGGUUGCUGACAAUAUUAAUUCCACUUCAAGCCUUGAAAUUGAUGUCUGGUGCUAAUCUUGAAGUGUUUCGUUUUACUCCUCUUUCCUCUACCGUUUAUUGAGCUUGGAUUUUUUUUCUAGAUUCUGAAGCCCUCAGACUAUGUUAUUAUUACUUCGUAUGGUUUUUUUUUUUUUUUUUUAAAUCGCAUGAUGUUUGAUCGCUCUACUUUAUUCCCU